AUGCAGAGGUGGACAGAUUCACGCAUAGCCGAGCUACCCAGAACACACUUUAUAGAAGCCCUAAAACUCGUCGAGUGGGAAGGCUAUUGGUGCAUGCCACCAAUCGUGAAGGCUGCAGUUGCCCUUCAGAACAACUUCGAGGCACGAAAUGAUGACGUUUUCCUCGCGUCAUGUGCGAAAACAGGCACCACGUGGCUCAAAUCUCUCGCAUUUUGCAUCAUGCAAAGGCAGAACCACCAAAUCGUAGAUGCCUUAACCCUGGAAAACCCUCAUUUCCUUGUCCCCACCGUAGAAGCUGUUGCUUAUUCUGACAAAACGAUUGACAUUUUCGAUGCCUCUGCGGCUCGCCUUCUCCACACACACUUGCCGCACGCACUAGUUCCGGAUUCAGUAAGGAGUACGUUGUGCAAGAUCAUCUACAUCGCCCGGAACCCUAAGGACACCGUGGUUUCGAGCUGGCACUUUUUCAACUCCUUUUUGAGGAGAGAUGAAGAGCUAUUUCCAUUUGAGAAAUUUAUCGAUUGUUUCUGCUCCGGCAAGCAUCCUUACGGCCCUUUCCUUGAACACGUAAUGGGGUAUUGGGAGGAGAGCAAGAAAAACCCUAAAAAAAUAUUAUUUCUCAAGUAUGAAGAGCUCAAAAUUGAUCCCAAAACACAGGUUUUGAAGAUUGCUGAAUUUCUCGAAAGGCCAUUUGAAGAUGACACAAAAGCGGAUGAGAUUUUGAGCAGGUGCAGUAUCGAGAGGCUAAAGAACUUUGAGGUUAAUAAGAGUGGAUCUCAUUUUGUUGAUACUCCAAAUAGUUCUUUUUUUAGGAAAGGUGAAGUCGGGGAUUGGAACAACUAUUUGACGUCUGAAAUGGAAAUGAAAAUUGACAACACAAUAUGUCUGAAGCUUCGGGAUCUUGGUCUCUAUUUCUAA